AUGGAUGAUGAGCAGCAACAACAACAAAUGAAUGAUGAUGAGCCAACUCGCUCAUUAGUGCUUGAAGAUGAUCAAUAUCAAUUUGAAGACACAACAAGUGUAGACAUACUUCGAUUCUUUGGUUAUGGCACAAUCGAUGACACAUCCAUUCUAGACUCAUUGAGAUAUCAAUCAGAGUUAUCAUUUCUAAUAGGUCCUCAAAAGUCAUGUAAGACAUCGAUGCUAUUUCAAUAUGGAUAUACAUAUGCAAAGCAAGGAUAUACUGUAUUGUUCAUUUGUGAUAAGAAGAGAUUCAAUCAAACACUGCCAAUAAUGCCAAUCAAGGAUGUUGUUGGAACUGGACAUAAUCAAUCAAUGCCAAGCCACAACGAUGUAUAUCUAAAGCAUAUCAAGAUAAAGUAUAUUGAACGUGACUCUGACCUCAGACAGUACUUUAUGGAGUUCCCCUCACUCAAUCUACUUCCCGAUCUCAUCUUGAUCGAUGACAUCACCAGCUACUUUGGCCUAUACUCUGACAGGACCAAGUUGAUCUUUGGACGUACCUUGGCAUUCUUGAAGGAUACUCUGCACUACAUCAAUACACAAAAAAGGAAUCAACCAGUAAAGUGUCGUGCCAUUGUCACUGACAGCUUGCAUCAUGAUGGAUAUCGAUACUUUUAUAUCAUUCAGAGAUGGGCAUCACUCAUACUUCAAAUACAACCACAAGUGCCACCAGCGCAAUCAAGUGAUACAAUCAUAGAUCACGCAAUGUCUGAUCAUCAUGUUGUUGAUAAUACCAAUCAAACGAUCCAGACACCAACAAAGUUGGUACUACAAGGGCCAACCACGCCAUCGUCCACAUCAUCAACGGCAACAGCGACAUCAGUGGCCGGAGCAUCAUCAUUGUCCACAACAGCCAUCACUGACAAGACCUUUAUAAUGAAUGUAAAGAAGUACACUCCUGUUGUGACUGGCAACAACAACAAUAGCAAUAGCAACACAAUAGGCAGCCAACUGCAUGCCCAAUAUACAUUCCACGCGACACCCAAUCGAUACAGUCUAGACAACCUCAAAGUC